AUGGCCCGAUUUGUACCGCGCGAGGUCGAUCUGAGCAGCCCCUACGGGAUUUACCCAGGAGCUGCGCAGCUUAGUUUUCCAAAUGAUUGGGUUUUACUGAAUUUCCAUGCCGCACGUUGGGAUAUUCAGAGCACCACAGAGUUGCAGAUGUCACCCCAGGGUACUAAUGAAGUGCAAAGUAACCAACUAAACACAAUGGCCACUGAUGCACCUGCAGGAGAUCCCGGUUCUGUGGCAGUUGCUAACAAUGAUAAUAGAAAAGUCUCCCGUGAAGACAUUGAACUUGUCCAAAAUUUGAUAGAGCGCUGUCUGCAGCUGUACAUGACCAAAGGAGAGGUUGUUAGGACACUUUCUACUCGUGCUAGAAUAGAACCUGGCUUCACUACUUUAGUAUGGCAGAAACUUGAAGAAGAGAACUCUGAAUUCUUUCGCGCUUACUAUAUAAGAUUGAAAUUGAAAAGACAGAUUGUCUUGUUCAACCAUUUAUUGCAGCACCAGUAUAAUUUGAUGAAAUAUCCAGCACCUCCGAAUGUUCCGCUGGCUCCCAUGCAAAAUGGAAUGCAUCCUAUGCCAGGUUUAGCUGUAAUCAUUGACUGGUUUAGACAUUUAAAAAUGUAUAAUACAAUUACCAUUGCUAUUGAACUCAAGCCCAGAUCUGGUGCAGUUAACAAUCUACCGAUGGGGUAUCCAGUACUUCAGCAACCUCUGAUGCCUGCUCCCGGCCAGCCUCACAUUGAUCCGAUGGUUUGUGGUCUAUCCAGUGGUCAUGUAGUGAAUGGGAUCCCUGCCCCAGGUGGUUAUCAUCCAAUGCGCAUGAACUCUGGAAAUGACAUGGUUGUGGACAACGGUGCACCUGAAGCUGCACAUGCUGGUGCUAUGUCAUCUGAUAUGGCUGUGAGUCCCUCAUCAGCAGCAUCAAGCCAUGCUCCUUUCACUCCAUCUGAGAUACCAGGGAUGGCCAUGGAUACAUCAGUCCUGGAUUCAGCGUUUGGAUCGGAGAUAGGGAACACAGGACCUCUGCAAUUAGGGGCAGAUGGGUCGUCAAGGGAUUCCAUCCGAUCCUUGGGGCAGCUCUGGAAUUUCAGCCUCUCUGAUCUUACAGCAGAUUUGACAAGUUUAGGAGACUUGGAGGCUCUUGAGAAUUACGCGGGUACCCCUUUCCUGCCCUCGGACUCGGAUCUCUUACUUGAUUCCCCAGACCAUGAUGACAUAGGCAACCAUGAUGACAUAGUUGAGUACUUCGCGGACGCCAUCAACGGGUCUCAGUCGGACGAAGAGAAGCCAUAG